CAAGAUAAUGCCGCAACUAAGAAGUACGCUAAUACCGCCUCUACAUCUAAUUGGAUGUCCAACUUUUCAUGCAAGAUACUUCUGCAAAUAUUGGAGGACCGUUCUUCGAUCCGUGAAGUAGAAGUUGGCAAUUAACAUCAUUUUGUUGCCAGAAGUUUCGGAGCAACAAGGUACGAUGGCGGGAAGGAUCCUGUUAAGCUUGGUUAUCUGCUAUCUCUUGACUUGUUUUGUAGUAUCAGCUUCUGAUUUAAGAAACACGAUUACUAUUCAUGAAGGAGGUUACGAGAAUAUCCUCAUCGCUAUCAACAAGGAUGUUGCAGAAGACCAAUCCAUUAUUGAUAACUUGAUUGAUAUAUUCUCUUCGGGCUCUGGGCAUCUCUUCACGGCCACAAAACGCCGGGCUUAUUGGCGUAACAUAACAAUACUCAUCCCUAAGACAUGGACGCCAAAACCUGAGUAUGAACCGGCUAAGACUGAAUCGUUUGAGACAGCUAACAUCAUUAUCGAUGCUGCUAACCCAGAAUGGGAUGAUAAUCCUUACACUCUUCAGCUUGGUGGAUGCGGGGUACAUGGAGAAUAUAUUCAUCUUACUCCAGACUACCUUACUGACAGAGCAAACAGCGAGUAUAUCUGGGGUUCUAUGGGCAAGCUAUUGACUCAUGAAUGGGGUCACCUACGAUGGGGGCUUUUUGAUGAGUAUCAUACAGAAGGUGAUGGCGAAAGUGUCCAGAAGUUCUAUGUCAACUCUUUUGGUGAUAUCGUCGCUACUCGAUGUAGUGAUCAACUUGAGGGUGAAGCACUUAAUAUCAACACUUUUGCACCAUGUCAACGUGAUCCGUCUACCGGUCUUUACGAAGAAGAUUGCUUCUUCUUCCCCAAUCUAGAAGGACAAACAUCCCCAGCUUCAAUAAUGUAUGCUCAAUUCUUGGAUUCGGUGAUCGGAUACUGCGACAGUAAUGACGGACCACAUUUCCACAACCGUGAAGCUCAAAAUAAACACAACAAGUUAUGUGACGGGAGAAGCGCGUGGGACGUGAUGCUUGAGACAGAAGAUUUCUUGGAAGGCAACAACCCUCCAAUCGAAGAAGAUAUUGACACCACACCGACCUUUAGACUUGUACAGGCUCGAGAAAGACGAGUUGCUCUUGUCCUUGAUGUCAGUGGGAGCAUGGGGAACAACGACAGAUUGACCAAACUCAACCAAGCAGCAACACAGUAUCUACGCUAUACCAUCGAUGACGGUAGCUUUGUAGGGAUAGCACAUUUCUCCGACUAUUCCCGAACCAUUGCGCACUUGACCGAAAUCACAGAUACCAGCCGCGAGAGUCUUGUCUUGGGAUUGCCUGAUAUUGCUAAUGGUCCGACUUGUAUCGGAUGUGGAAUCUUGGAAGGGAUUGAAAUUUUGAAGGGAGUAUCAGGAACUGAUGAUCCAGCCGGUGGUUACAUACUCUUAGUAAGUGACGGACAACAAAACAGACAACCAUACAUCGAAGAUGUCUUUGACGAGGUCGAUGAAGCUGGGGUCAUCAUCGAUACCAUCGCUUUUAGUGAAGCCGCUGAUCCGAACUUGCUGGAAUUGUCUGUCCGAACGAAUGGACUUGCUUUCUUUUACCCUGACACGGCCACAUCUACAGCUCUCAACGAUGCAUUUACUGCCACUGUGUCGACUAGACCAGGUCUUAGUUCAGAGACAUUACCCAUUCAGUUAUAUAGUGGAGCCCUGACAAUCCCAGCUGAUGGCCCAAUCGAAGAUACUUUUCUUAUUGAUUCUUCACUGGGAGUGAAUACUGUUCUCACUUUCUCCUGGCUUGAUGAUCCUAUCGAUGUAGUAGUGAUAGACCCUUUUGGUGUUAUCAUUGAUAGUAAUGAUACAGUACAGUAUAACAGAGAUGAUACAGCUCAAAUCAUCGCUGUGGUCAUCAAUGAAACAGCUAAGACAGGACUUUGGAGGUUUUCUGUGGACAGCGAAUCAGAUGAUGUCCAGACUGUUCUGGUUACCAUCGAAUCAAAACCUACGUCACAAACUGAUGCACCAAUCACAGUUAACGCCAUUGUUGGAUCACAGACGAUAGAUCACACUGUGACACCUCGUCUUGAGAUAUUUGCAGAGGUUCGUAAGGGAUAUCUACCUGUAGUGAAUGCCGGUGUUCAAGCUGUUAUUGAAAGCCCGGGCUUGGCUACCACUUAUCUUCCACUCUUUGAUAAUGGCGCGGGAGCUGAUAUUACCAAGAAUGAUGGCAUCUAUUCUGCCUACUUUUUACAGUUUGACAACAAUGGAAGAUACAGCAUUAAGGUACAAGUGAGCAAUGAAGACUCGACAGCUUCUAUCAGUUCAAGAUCGAGAAGGAGUUCGGGCGGUCUUCCAUUAUCUCCAGAUCGAUACACUCCAUCUCCAGCAGCAUAUGAGCCCGCUGAGCCUUUUGUUCGGACUGGAUCAGGUGGUGUAUUUGAAGUUGAAAAUUUUGUUGCUCCAAUUGGUGACGAGCUUGCUCCGUCACGAAUCAACGAUCUUGGUGUCCUUGCUACGAGUUACGAUGAAUCUAGUGUGACUUUACAGUGGACAGCAGUCGGUGAUGAUUACGACCAAGGAACAGCAUCUUUCUACGACCUUCGCUACGCAACAACAUUUGACAGCUUACGAGAAAACUUUACAACCAGCGACCCGAUAAUGGAUGACCAAGUCAUAGCGGGAAAUCUUUCUAUGAUUGGGUUGUCGGGUACCGUCGAAUCGGUGGUCGUAAAGUUACCAGAAAGAGGAGAAAAGGUGGUCUACUUUUUUGGUAUCGUUGCCGUUGACGAAGCAGGGAAUGAAGGAGACGUAUCCAACUUGGUGUCAGCUUCUCUGGAAUAUGUGGCACCCAUGACUACGGCUAUAAUGACGACGACAAUGGAAAUGUCAACGACAAAUAAGGUGGAACCAAAGACUGGUCUUGAACCCUGGGUGAUAGGUGUGAUCACUGCAGCUUCCGUCGUAUUUGCUUUCGCUGUUGGUCUACUAGUUGUCAUGAUAUGCAAGAUGAGCUCUUCGUCAAAGAAGAAAGUAGAUGCGAACUACAGUGGAGCUGUAUAUAACGAAAACGCAACAAAAUCUACCUCAGAGCACCAUAAUAACGCCUACGUGGCAUGAAUUACAUGACGAUAAUUUUCAGAGUACUUUAAAACUGUUUUUGAUAUUUGUAAUCUUACAUUCCAUUCUAUGAUAGAGAAAUCAUAUCAUUCUUGUUCACAGAUUUUCUAUUUUGUCACAAAAAGUGAUAUUUCAUUUGUGUUGGUAUUAAUUUCAGUUUAGUACCAAAUCAUUUAGAUUUGUUAUCUAUAUUUUCCAAGACUGUUAUCUGCGUCCUAAUAUUUUAUAUUUACAUGAACCAAAAAUAUUAUUGCCAAUAAAUGUUAACAAGAAGACAUCAUGAAAACGAAAAUGAUGAAAUUAAAUCAAUUUACUUUAAUCUAUAUCUGUUGUUUAAACAACAAUUAAGUACUGGAAAAAUAAUCAAUACGAUACUGUAA